AACAUCUGUGUCAUCAUGAGUCAGUUUUCCCUUGGAUCUGGCGAUCCUGGAGCAGCGAGGACUACAGAGCCUCAACAGAACGUCUCUCUUGGAGGUAGUCCGAAAUUUUCUUUAACAGCUACACCUGCGUCAACUACUGUUACUUCAGGAACACCAGCUACUACAUCUAGUCCAAUUUUUGGAGUGGGACGUAAUUUUUCCCUACCUGCAGCCAGCAGUUUUCCUGUUUCAAGCACUACCUCCACUGCACCUAGCACUACUUUUACUGCUCCCUGCGCCACCUACUCGACGCCAAGUACUACAAGAAGUUAUCCUACCGCUACCUCUGCUCCAACAACAACUGGUCAGACAUCUUUAGCAGCACCCACUAGUGUGACUAACUCAUCUGCUGCAAGUGCAUCAUCCCCCAGUUUUUGCCAAUUAGAAGAAGCGAUUAGUCAGCAGAAGGUGUUAGAAGAUAUACGUACACCUCUCAAAAAAGAGCUGGAAACAAACAGUGUCUCAGACCCAGAACGUGAACAUACUGACGAACUAGCAGAGAACCUGUACACUCAGUUGGAGCAGAUGACUGAUGAUCUGAAGGAGAUUGUGGAGCAUUACAUCCUAACCAACAUCUGUAUCAUCAUGAGUCAGUUUUCCCUUGGAGCAGGCGAUCCUGGAGCAGCGAGGACUUCACAGCCUCAACCGAACUUCUCUCUUGGAGGUAGUCCGAAAUUUUCUUUAACAGCUACACCUGCGUCAGCUACUGUUACUUCAGGAACACCAGCUACUACAUCUGGUCCAGUUUUUGGAUUGGGAAGUAAUUUUUCCCUACCUGCAGUUAGCAGUUUUCCUGCCUCAAGCACAACCUUCACUGCACCUAGCUCUACUUUUGCUGCUCCCAGCACUACCUUCUCUACCCCUAGUACUACAACAAGUUUUUCUACUCCUAACUCCACCUUCCCUGCACCCACUACUACUUUCGCAGCACCCAGUACUACUUUCUCAGCACCCAGUACUACAUUCUCAGCACCCAGUACAACUUUCUCAGCACCCAGUACAACGUUUUCAGCACCCAGUACUACUUUCUCGGCUCCCAGCACACAGCUUGCAGCAUCUAGCACUACUUUCCAAACACCUAGCACUACUUUUCCAACAUCUAGUACUACCUUUUCCACUCCCAGCACUGCCUUCUCAACUUCAACCACUACCUUCCCCGCAUCUCUAACCUCAACAUCUGCUCUUGCUGCUCCUUCCGCUGCAACAACUGGUCAGACAACUUUAGCAACAUCCACUAGUGUGACUAACUCGUCUGCUGCAAGUGCAUCAUCUCUCAAUUUUUGCCAAUUAGAAGAAGCAAUUAAUAAAUGGACUUUAGAAUUGGAGGAACAAGAGAAAUUGUUCAUGAACCAAGCUUCACAGGUCAAUACAUGGGAUCGUUUGCUUAUAGCCAAUGGAGAAAAGAUAAUUAACUUGAAUAAUGCUGUAGAGCAAGUCAAAUUAGAACAGCAGCAAUUGGAUCAUGAAUUGGACUUCAUUCUAGGUCAACAGAGGGAGUUAGAAGAUCUCCUUACACCUCUUGAAAAAGAGCUGGAAACAAACAGUGUCUCAGAUCCGGAACGUGAACAUACUUACCAACUAGCUGAGAACCUGGACACUCAGUUGAAGCAGAUGUCUGAAGAUCUGAAGGAGAUUGUAGAACAUAUUAACGAGACCAACCGAUCCCAAGAUAAUACUGAUCCCAUUGUUCAAAUUGGCCGCAUUCUUAACGCUCACAUGAAUUCCUUACAAUGGAUUGAUCAAAACACAACUCUAAUCGGAUCUCAUUUAGACCAAGUUGCUAAAUUGCAUGAAGUGCACCGCCGGGAGAAUGAGAGAUCAUUCCGUCUGACUUACGAUUAACUCAUUCACUACAUUAUGAUCCAUUUCCUGCUCAUCAUUGCCAUUUUCAGUAUAAGUUAUUGGAUAAAUUGUUUGUAUUGCUAAACACAUGAAAGAAUGAGGUAGAAAAUUUCUUAAUUUGUUGGUUUUUUUUCUUAUGUAAUUUUUGUAGUAUGUGCAUCAAUUACUUCACAAAAACUAAGCUAACAAGGCUCAAAUGUUCUUUUACUUUUGUGUAAUAAUGCCAGACUCAAAUAAAUGUAAUUAUCAAGAAUUGUAUGUGGAGUUUUAUUAUGAAAAAUUACUCAAUUUGGUGUUUUUGGUUUUCUAAAAUGAAGAAACAUUUUUAAGUGGUUGUAGUCUUGCCAAGUCUUAUAGAGUUAUCAUAUUGAUGGUCUCCGUACUCCUUGGAGGUUCUCCUUAGAACUUUCCUUAAGGAAAGGGAGCCUGCUCUGCAAUUCCUGAAUCAAGUACUCUUCAGCCAUAUGUAUUUCAUCAGAUUCCAGUAGAACAGCAUCCUCCGAUUCUGAUAUUUUUUCAGUUAGUCUGCGUACAACAUCAUGGAUUCUAAGUUGAGUUCCUACAAUCAAAGAAAUUAGCUAAGAGAAUGUGUAACAGGUUUUAAAAUAUUUGUAUGUUGAUAUAGUCAUAACUAAAAGAUUUUUUUAUUACAAUACUGACAUGUUUACUUUUGAAGUGAUGUGUGUCAGAACAGUAAUGUUUUGUUAGAAAAGAUAUAAGAUGCAAAUUUUUAUUUGUCUUGAAAUUUGAAGAAUACAUUCUGUAUAGGUGCAUAGUAAUCAGACAGUGACUAUUUCAUGAUGGUUUUGGAAAUGUAAAAUUUAUUUUUGUCUUGCAGUGACAAUUUCAACUUUGUUUCUAAAAACAGUUAUUAUUCUAAUGAGAGGAUUUCUAAUAUUAAGGGGAGUAUUUAUUAAGGAGCAUAUGCAAAGCAGUUGCACAUAUUCACAAAUCUUGAAAAAUCAAACCUAAUGCAUAUAUUUUAUAGUGCAUACAAGGUCCUAACAGAAUGGUUUAUGCAUAUAUUCAUCUCAUUUUUCACCUACAACUGCCAUGUGCAUUUCAUUUUUACGAAUUGAUUUACAAUAUUUUAUUUUUGAAUUAGUGUCACACCCAAAUACAGGCUUCUUGAUUAUCAUUGCUGAUGUAGCUGAUUGGUAUACAUUAGUGAUCAUAAGUGGGUGGAUUUUGAUGAUGUAAAACAUUGCCAAAAAGGAUGAAUAAAAUGCUUUUAAAAUGUUUUUAAAAUGCCAUAAAAGCAGAAAAAUUGAUGUUAAAAUUGAGAAGAAAUACACUUCAGAUGAAAGGCUCAAGCCGAAUAUGUUACUGUUGUAAUAGAGGCUUCUAUUCAUUCAAAUGUAUUCAGGGGGCAAACUAUUGUUUUGGAGUGUUCUUUACCAGCAAAUCUCUUUCUUAUGUUACCCUGAAACCGGUCGAACUGUGAAUGGUGCUGAAUGCUGUUAAAAUGGUUUUAAAUUGUAAUGACAGAAAACUGGCACACCCCCUUCUGAGUCCCACAAAAGCAACUUCUGAUGUACUCUCCUGCAGAAUGCUGAGUGGCUAUAGCACUUUCUAUAUAUCAUUACAGUUGAGGUUUUUAAACUUCCCGAUUGUUGUUGUUUUUUAUGCCUUAUUUGGGAAUUGAUGCCAAGUUGAUGUUUUUAUACAAUUAUAAACCCUAAGAUUAAUCUUUAAAAAUUAAUCUUUGUUAUGCUAAUUUUUAUGUAUAGUUUUUUGAAAUUGUAAUCUGAAUAAAAUGUUUAGUUACAUAUCUGAUGUUUUUUUCUCAGACAUAUAUGAAUAUGUUUCAUAAUUUAUUAAACUCAGAAAAUAACUAUUGAAUGAUAUGAAAGAAUAUAAAGAAUAUUUUAGGGUUUUCGAUUUUCCGUAUUAGGAAUAUAUAGUACUUUUCUACAGAUCCCUUGUUGCACAGGAUCAGCUAGUGAAUGUUUAGUUCAAACUUUUAAUUUUAUAGGAAUUUCAUGUUAAAAAAGAAAAGUUAUUUAAUCAGAUUAUUUCAAUUUAUAUCAGAUUUUCUUAAUUUAAAAAAUUCUUUAGUGAUUUAUUAAUCCUUAAUUAAUUUCAAAGCAAAAAGUUUAUUAUGUUUUCAAAUGUAUUAUUGAAUUUUUAUUUUAUUAAAAAAAUUAAGAUACCAUGUUUUAGUGGGUUCCGGUGCAAUACCGCCCUAACCCACAAAAUGUUUAAAUUUGAAUACUUAUAGUUUUGUGCUCUGCUAACACCUCAUGUCUACGUUACUAAAUAAGAGUGAAGCACCAUUUAAUUGAAAGAUUUAGGAAAACG